AAGAAAAAGUGAGAAGAGAAGAGGUUCAUUUUGCUCUCUUUUCUCUCCGAUUUCUCUCUCUCUCUCUCUCUCUCUCUCUCUCUCUCUCUCUCUCACUCAAUAGAGAUCUUGUCCCCAGAGAGAGGAAGAUAGAUAAAGAGACUAAUGGCGGUUGUGAUACAUAGGUUUUGGUUUACAUUGAUGGUGGUGGUGGUGGUUCUCCUUCUCGGGAUCGUCUUGCCGGCAGCUCACGCCGUGGCUCCUGCCCCAGCCCCAACUAGUGAUGGUACAUCAAUUGAUCAAGGGAUUGCAUAUGUGCUGAUGUUGGUGGCCCUGGUUCUCACUUACCUCAUCCAUCCCCUGGAUGCAUCUUCUCCUUACAAGCUCUUCUAACUUGUUUGGACUUCAUUCAUGGACAUACUACUCUUCAUUUAGCAUUUCUAAAAGUCGACUGGUUUCGUACUCUUGUUGUUCAUAACCAUGUCGUAUUUGUAUUCUUAGUCCAUUGACAGGUUCACUCUUUUUGUGCCUACAAUUAUCAAUGAAUCGAUCAUCGGUUUCUCUUGUA